AUGGCAAAUUCACCCAUGGGCACCGAAAUUCUCGUACAUAUCAGUGCUCCCUGUGCAGCAAUCGACGACAAGAGAUAUAGAGCACUCGCACAGUCCUACAUAGACUACCAGCCGACAAAAGCACGCCAGCUCGGUCCAUUACUCGACCCAGUGUCAAAUAUUGGAUUCAGUGGCGCAUCUAGCGGCUACGACAGACAUUCCCAGGUGUAUCCGCACACAUUCGAGCAAUAUGAUAGUGCAAGCCUAGGAAAUGAGGCAACGCCUUCUCCCUCUUUCAGAAGCGAAAUGGACAACCUCGACUCCCCUCGACUACCUGUUGUACCGCGAAGUACACCACGAGAAUACCAAGCACUUCAACAUCAGGCCGGAUACUCACCCUCGCGAGCAAAACCUAGGCGGUUGCUAGGGCCUGGAUUCUCAUCUCCAUCCAGCCCCUGGGUACCCGCCUCUCACCAAUUCGGGCAUUCGUCGGAUUCUUCGGCGCCGGGCUUCACUGAAGCUCGCAUGCGGCAGUCCCAAAGGGCUACCGAAGAACAACUGCCUAGUUCCGUCGGCACCAGCGAAAACAGCACCACGAUAUGCUCGCCAGGAGUCGUGAUCCCUUGCACACCUCUGUCCACCCAACGACACAUGGUGCAAAAGCAGAAGAGAGAGGGGAACAAUUUGCACCACCGUCUCAUAAGCUCCGACAAUGUCAUCAUCGACGUUACCAUGUCGACCAUCCAGGAAACUCCCAUUGCGUUGUCUUCAAAUCGGAAUGAUCGUGCGAGCGAUGAUCCAACCCUCUUCGUCAGGACGGAACCGAAAAAGCUACGCGAGGAGCAAGCAGGAAAUGCACACAUGUCUCACCUCUUGCGAUCAAACGCACCUCAUUUCGCCGACUACGACAAAGUCGUUGUCGUCGACUUCCUGCCUCAGCACGGGUACACGUACGAAAGCCUAGAAGUGUUCUCGUCUGAGCCUCCCGUCGCCGUAACGCCUUUCCCUUCCAGCCCAGAGCACUUGAUCACACCUCAACUUAAAAAGCUCGCUCGCGACCUCGAUCUUUCGAAGAGAUUCAGACCUCGGCGGCAGCAGAAACGAGAUCUGCAUCCUUUUGAGCGGGAAUGCUGGCUGCUGGACACAACAGCACUUGAUGAUAGGUUGAAGAGGGAUGCUUGGGCUUUCCUUACCAAUUACAUUGCGACGGGUGUGGCGGGCUGGGGAGUUUGGUGUCGGCGGAACGCCGAGUACACAUGGAUUCGGAUCUACUGUUGGGGAUACAUCGCUCCUCACAUAUACUUCCUGCUGUACCUGGCCACUCGACGGCGGAUACUGUACAUUUGGAGCGUAUGGGUCGAUGGCGAGGGGGAUAGAGUGAUCACCAUGCGGAUCAGAGGCUUGUGA